GUGAUGUUCUCUUAGUGGAUAUCCCUAUGGUAAAUGGUGAAGGGAUCCACAGAUGAAGAUAUAUUGUGCCCACUAGCCACAAAGCGGCCGUUGGAUUGGGCCAAGCAAAGGGAGCACUGCGGUUCCUGUCCUCGUUGGUGUCUGCGACAAGAGGUUGGAGGUCAUUUUGCCAGAGUACUUGGCCUCAGUUCUACUUAUGCCCUUCAUGAGCGUUGGAAGUUGUCGCAUCGACGACUCUUGGUGUUGGCUUACUGCGUCCUAUCCUCUUCAACUUCAAGGGAGUCGGGGUUUCAAGUCCGGACUAGACUGGCGAUAGCCUGCGGCUGGGUGUUGAGAGAUGUCCAGGGCUUUCCGAGUAGCGUCAUCUCAUGACACAUGACACCCUACUGCGACGUCCCACAAGAGCCUCAUAUAUAUCUCCGUCUGCCCCGUUGGUUGCCUCCUGCGAAAAGCCGGUAAUGACUUGUUGUCGCCCAAACCUGGCGCGGCUGCCAAUAUGUCGGCCGACACCACUUGGACAGCGUGCCGUGGCGCACCAGACGUACUCGGAAACACCAAAGGGAAUACGG